AUGAUCUCCAACGAUGAAGGUCGAGCGGUGGUAGAAUGUGCUAGCAAAGAUGCCACAAAAUUUGAAGAGCUUGAAGACCCCACCAAGUCUUCUGAUCCCUCCGUGGGGAAGCUAAGCCAGCAAUACGACAUAACUCCUAGAGAUAUCCAGAGCCGUUUCGAACAUCUUCGUGAGUUAAGCGAAAUCGAUAUGACAAGGCUCAACAAGAGCAUUGUACGAAAGAUUGAUAUGAGGAUGAUGCCUUGUAUAACGCUCAUGUUUCUCAUGAGGCAAGUUAAACUCAGAUGGCGAGGGGUCCAUUACUAA